AUGUCAAGCGAACAGAUCAUACAGACGCCCUAUUACUCUGCCCACCUAUACAGAGGCCAAGUGGUGGGGAUCAUUCUGGAGGAGGGUACAACCGACGGCGAUCCCCACAGAAAAAUAAAAGAUACGCUGCCCGAACAUGACGACCACGGAAACUAUCACCAAUAUGUGGUUGCGGACGAGGAGACCCGGAAUCAUUGGAGGAAGAGGUUGGGUGUGAUUCUUGCACGGAUGGUGGUGAGGGAAGAUCUCAAGAGGCAAGGAGACCAUUGGAGGGGCAAUUUGCAGUCCACUUUCCUCUCCGAGCUGCCGAUCAACUAUGAGCUCUACGUACACAAGAGCCAGAAAUCGUAUGAUCCGCGCAGGGACGUAUAUCUCUUCGGCUCGCGAUAUGUGACCGUCUUCCGCUCUCCCGCCGAGUUCGCAUACCACCUGGUCUGGCUCGUGUCUGGCAGUCCGCUCAAGCCAGACGGGAAGCCGGACUGCGACUGCGUGUACUGCGAUCCUUCGCGAACACAGUCAGAGAUCUCAUACGAGCUGAAGCUCCGGCAUAAAGACCCACAUGCCCCUGUGUCCAAGGAUGCGAAAUCCAAGGUCAAGGUUGGGAAACAAGCUACUCUCGCGUCAGCAGAAGACCACAUUGCUCCCCACCGGGCAGCGAGGGACGCAGCGCUGAAGCUCCUCUUCGCCUUCCUGCAAACCAACACACCCGGUGCGCUCUUCGCGGCGUUGCCAAAGUAUGCAGGCACGGACAACGGCGCCGUGAACGGAAUCCAGGAGGACACGGACUCCUUCAUAGCGAGGCAGUCGGUUCGCGUGCGGAACGCCAAGGACUGCUGGGCUACUUUGAGAGAAGGCUUUGUGCAGCCUAACGCGGAAGUGCCCCCACAGUUGAAGCGCAAGGGCUCGAGUCGCGCACGAGCAGUCGAGGAGCAACCUCAGAUGGACAAUGGAGAAGUCGAGGGCCAAGCCACUCGGGCUCCCGUGGGUGAACAUGCGUGGCCAGUACUGGAGUGGGUGCUAUGUGUGCUGGAGAAAGAUGAGAAGCUGGUUGAAAAGAGUGGUCAGCCUUUACAUUCUCCGCUGCUGGUGUCUCAGAUACCACAGCCGCGGUCCGCCACAAGUGCUCGGUGGGACAUCGAGGCCCCCCUGGACGUUAUCUUCUACUGUCUGAAGGAGACUGACCUUCGGCGCAGGUCAUUGGGCAUCCGCCUCCUUGCCUUGUUGGUCAACCUCUCAGCAACCACAGUGGUUGACCUCCCUCUAUUCUUGAACGCGAUUGGAAGCCGGCUAUUCUCGCUGAACACGGAUGAACUGGUCUCGGUCCUCGCCGCGUUACCGUCUUCCCCAGCGACGCUUCAAAUGAGAGUGCUGCUCUGCCGGAACUACCUGACCGACUUUGGAGCUGGUCCGGGUCAGAGCAGCACACGACCAAAGCCCCAAGCACGCGGCCAGCCGCGCCCCGCCCCCACACGUCGCAAACAACCCGAGUCAUCGCCGAAUGACAACCUGUCUUCGAAUGUCCCCGCAGCCGAUACGACAAGCAUCAGCCGCAAGUUUCCUACGAUCUUGCCGUCGGAGAUCGUCACCCUCAUCGAAAGCCCGUGCUCGACGGACAUCAACAGCAGCGCCCAGACCCUCCGAAUCAAACUAGAACUAGCCCUGUCUUAUACGCUGUUUCGGAGGCAGAAUGGGCCCGAUGCUACGAUAGAGGCAGAGUGGCUGGGCGUCCUACGCGAUGGUCGCCUCAAUGCUGCUUUUGAGACGGCAUCUAGGCUGGUCCGGAAGACGAGAAGCAAGACCAGCGCGGCGAUGGACGAUCGGGCGAUCGAGGGCAUGAAGCAGCUGCUCGCCGCAGUCACUGUAUGCUGA